GAAACAAGGAGACCGGAAAGAAGGUGGUGGAUGGCUCCCGACAAAAAAGGAAUUACAGAAAGUGGUGCCCCCCGCCCUUACUCCCGAAAUGGCAUCUCCGCAGAAGCUCGAGACGCUCCGGGAAGGUCCCAGGCCCGCGCUCCCUCGGAGCCGUGCGCACCGCCGCGCCCCGGGAUCCCGGAACCGGUCGGGGACGCAGGCGCGGCUGGGGAGGGGGCAGCUGGCUCACCUGGGGCUGAAGGCUGGAAGAAGGACGGAAGGUGUGUCCAGCCCAUCCAUUCCUGUCACACGACCCACAUAGUGACAGACGCGGCCAACAAUAAGGACAGCCCCGAGAGUCCGUGCUGUGGCAAGGGGAGGGGACUCGUAGCGAGAGGAGGUGGCUGUGGUGGCCCCUUCCCGGCGGCUGUGCCGGGCCGAGGCCCUGGCCAUGGGGCCUGCAGCGUAGUGGCCGCGACGCGAGGUCCGGUGGACGCCGACGGGGCGCGCCCCCAGUGCAAGGAGAGCGCCCGCGGGCCACCUGUUGCUAAGCCCGGGGUCUCCGGCGUAGUCGGUGGUUACUUCUGCAGGAGCUGA